AUGAGCGAGAGAGGGAAAGACGAAGGAAUCGUGAUAGAAAACCCUUAUUAUGGAACCUUCCAAGGCGUCACCAACUAUUAUCCUCUUCAAUGUAAUCACCCUCCAUCUUUUUCUGCUGCUCUCCCCCGCACUUAUUACCAACAACAAGGACACCACGUCGUUCCAGGUAUACAUUCUCGUUACUCUGAAUCUGAUGUUUUCUAUGCUAUUGCUGAAGGAAGACCUUUGAGAGAACGUCGUCUCCCAUGUUGUGGACUUGGUUAUGGUUGGCUUUUGUUCAUCAUUGGUUGGGUUCUUGGUGGUGCUCCUUGGUACGUCGGAACUUUUGUUUUAGUGUUUGUACAGAUGGAUUCUCGGGAAAAACCUGGAUUAAUUGCAUGUGCAAUUGCUUCCUUCAUCACUAUGGUAGCUGUAAUAUCUCUUGGAGUCACACAAGGAGAUCUUCCAUUGAAGCACACUGUGAAAGUUACCACAACUGUGGUUAAAUUAUGUAAUUUUCAAUGUGAUGUCUGUGUUUUGCAGUUUCACCAGUACCAGGUUGUUGGGAGGGCUCUCCCAACGGAAGCAGAUCAGCACCCUAAGAUUUACCGCAUGAAGCUUUGGGCCACCAACGAGGUUCGCGCCAAAUCCAAGUUCUGGUAUUUUCUGAGGAAGCUGAAAAAGGUCAAGAAGAGCAAUGGUCAAAUGCUCGCCAUCAACGAGAUCUUUGAGAAGAACCCCACCAAGAUUAAGAACUAUGGUAUAUGGCUGAGGUAUCAAAGUAGGACCGGGUAUCACAACAUGUACAAGGAGUACCGUGACACCACUCUGAAUGGUGCAGUUGAGCAGAUGUAUAAUGAGAUGGCUUCCCGUCACAGGGUCAGAUGCCCUUGCAUCCAAAUUAUUAAGACUGCGACCAUUCCAGCCAAGCUUUGCAAGAGGGAGAGCACCAAACAAUUCCACAACUCAAAAAUCAAGUUUCCUUUGGUUUUCAAGAAAGUUAGGCCACCAUCCAGGAAGCUGAAGACCACAUACAAGGCUAAAAAGCCCAACUUGUUUAUGUAA